AUGAAAUCCAUCAUCUUCGUUUUACUGUCCGCAAAGCUGGGCUUGGCGGCCAAGGUCCUGGCCCAGAAACCGCAGAUGGGUUGGAACUCAUGGAACAGCUUCAAGCUCAAUGUGAGCGACGAGCUAGUCCGGUCAACCGUUGACGCCUUCAUCGAUACUGGUCUUGCCAAGCUUGGCUAUGACCACGUGCUGAUUGAUGAUGGAUGGCAAGACAGUGAGCGUGAUUCAGACGGCAAGCUUGCAGCAAACCAUACCAGGUUUCCCGGUGGUAUCUCUGCCACGGCUGCGUACGUUCACUCCAAGGGACUCAAAAUCGGUAUUUAUAGCGAUGCCGGGAUCUUUACGUGCGGAAAGUAUCCUGGUAGCUAUGGCUAUGAGGAAGUUGACGCACAAACCUUUGCUGAUUGGGGUGUCGACUACCUCAAGUACGACAACUGUGGUGGCUUCCAAAGCAACACUCUCUCUGUUCAGGAGCGGUUUCUCAAGAUGUCGUACGCUCUGGCCGCCUCGAGUCGCCAGAUCUUCUAUUCGCUUUGCGAAUGGGGUAAUCAGUUCCCCUGGCUCUGGGCCGACCAAAUAGGCGAGUCUUACCGAAUGUCGGGUGACAUCUACUCGUCUUUCUCUAAAGACAGAGCAAGCAUAUGCAAGACAGCGUAUUGUAUGAACCAAGGCUACGCUGGAGUUAGCGUUCUGACGAUGAUACGCAAGAUGAGAGAAAUGAGCCCGUUCUCGAAACCAGGCUCUUGGGCCGACAUGGAUAUGCUGGAGAUUGGAACUUGGACCAUGACGGAGCUGGAAGAGCAAACACACUUCUCCUUCUGGGCUGCCCUGAAGUCUCCCCUCAUCAUUGGCGCUAAUCUCCAAAACAUCAGCGACACCUCGCUCGCCAUUUACAAGAACAAGGAAAUCAUCGCUCUGAACCAGGAUGACGCAGGCAAGGCUGCUGUGUAUCUGCCGAAGCUAUCGGAGGAAGGCAGUUAUCAGGUUUGGGCAGGGCCACUAAGUUCCGGGACGAGGCGACAUGUGAUCUUGGUCCAGAACUAUGAUAGCGACGACGUGGACGUUGAGGUUUCCUUGGAGGAUAUUCCAGGUCUUUCUGUUCAGAAACAGUUGAAGAUCAAAGAUGUCUGGGCAGGAAAAGUAGUUACUGCAUCCGGAGGCAAGGUCAGCUUGAAGGGUAUCAAGCCGACGCAGACCAAGGUCCUGGUCCUUUCGAGAGAGCGAGACGUUCUAUAG